AUGCACCUCAGGACGUACCCCCUCCUUUUGGCAUUGUCUCCAGACCCACGAGUCCACGACGCCGUAAUGACAAUUUCCCCCUCCUCCGCCCUCGCGAACCUCCAACAGGCCCAGAGCCACCUUCAUCCAAGCUAUGCCGAGACCUCGAUGCUCGCUCAGCCCGCAGCAGGACUCAGCAGCCUGUCCGACCAGGUCUGGGCCAGCCCAGUCCAGCAGAAAGAGGCACAUUAUUACCGACGUACGUUCCAACGAGCUAAGACCAGGCUUGCCAUGGAUGGAAAUCCAUAG